AGUUUUCUUGCAGAUAUCAAAAAGCUUCCCGCAGAGGCACAUUCCAAAAGACAACCUUACACUCAGAAAAUUUUCUGUUCCCUCUUCUCUUCUUCAGACAAGAUGGUGAAGGUUAAUGUGGCAAAGAUGAUCACCGGCCCCAAGGCUGGUCUGGCCAUGAAAACCAAUCUAAAUACUCGACACCCUAUGAGCGACACUUUCAGGUCCACCAAGCUCAGAGACACUUUGCUAGAAAUCGACAUGGCCGACAAGUGCCUAACGGAUGAGGGCCUUUGUAUGUUCACCGCUGACUUGAAAAGGCUACUUGAAUUCAAGAACGAUAAGUAUCCUGAUGGAAUCGCCAAGUUGACGGGGCUCAAUCUCCAGGGUAAUAAGCUGACUGUCAGUUGUCUUCGGGAACUUGGCGAGCUGAUCCGGUUGAGUGCCCAAGACCUGAGGGAGUUGAAUUUGUCCAACAACCAAAUCACUAUCAAGGACUACAACAGCAGGGUGGAGGCACAAGAAUGGGAACUGUUUCUGACUUCCUUCAGCCAGUGUUGCGUGUUGAAAAAGGUGGAUUUUAGCGACAACAGCAUCGGUGAUACAGGCAUGGACAUCUUUGCUCGUGUGUACAUCCAGAGUGAGUUGGACUUUGUGAAUACAUAUACAUCCAGCUCCGAAGACGAAGGGCGCGACGAGACUCCCAUGUCAAGCGCCAGCGUGUCUGGGCCUUCUGAUUCUCGACAAAGCUCGUCCCAUCGUAGAAAGUCGUCUCUGGCCAAAGACCCCAAAUCGUACCCUCCUGACGACAUCAACCAUUGGUCCUGCACUCGUGGUUUGCAAUCGGUUCCAUACAUCAUCCUGGCCAACGUGGAUAUGAACGAUGCAAGUGUCGUCCACCUGUCUGAAAUCAUCAAAAUACGUCGCACUCCAGAGCAGCUCCUUGAGUACUUGCCUGAAGGUAAAUCACCCAGUCUGCCAGAAAUCCCACAACACGCAAAAAAGGGUAUUUAUUGGGAGCAAAACAGUGAAUUGAGUAAGCUGUCCCAUCGUUUGAUGAAAGCUGUAGCAGCAGUCUAUCCCAAAAACACACUAUACGAUGACUUUGACGGAUUGAACUUGGAGGAAUAUGACGACGAUGAGGAACCUUCCAACGACCAAGUCGAGCGUCGCCAAGAACGCAAGAAGCUCGAAGACGAACUUCGCCGGCUGGAGAGCCAGCAGCGGAGCCAGGCAUUGCUGUCUGGCGGCAUUUCCGAUUGUGCGCUGUGGAAAUACUCCCUGGGGCUGUUGAUGCUUUCUCGAGCAAUUCUGUUGGAUGACAAGAGGCGGCCCCCUUCUGCAGAAAAGGAGCUAUCGACGGCGAAAAAAAACAUUCGUCCAGUGCUAGCAGGUAAUGAAAUCGCACCGUCGCCACCACCACCACCCACCACCACGACAAAGUUUGGGUAUGAGCCGACUGUUCAGAACAGGGUCACGCCGCCUGGAGUGCUGAUCUCAAGCAUGCGGUUUGACCCUGAGUCGUCCACGUUUGAUUAUAUGUUUCCCUCGAUGCAUGCUCCAUCUCCGAACCCAGUGCAGAUCCCGACAAUGCCAGACAUUGGGGCAGUGCCAUCAACCUACAACCACAAUGGCAACAACUCAGCUGCCAAGCCGUCGUCUCGCCAAUCCAAGGGCAAAGGCACUACUAACCAGGCAACAGCGCUUCAUCCAGACAGGAAGGCUCUCACGGACAAACAGUAUCGCUCCGAGUACCGGUUUGGUUUACCUUUGCAUCUUUGGAGGAGGAUAAUAACCAUGAGUUCGUCGAGAUGGGAUCGCUUCGUGCCAGCGGCCCACCAGCUGCGGAUUUUGAAUUAUGCGGCGGACUGGGAUGCAUUUGCCGCGGAACUUUCUGUCGACGGAGCGCCGGAUAACCAACAGAUUUCGCGGAUUCUGCAUAACAUGAAUGAGAGCGUGACUGGCGCUGACAAGCAGCUCAGCUGCUAUAGACAAUCUGUCGAAAAAGGUCUGGGCCUUGGCCUCGCAAAUGUCUACCUUCAGCAGCCAAACACCAAGGUCAUCCUGACUACUCGCACGUCGCCCUCGGAGCUGUGCAGCGCCCUGCCCUCCUCGUUUGCCGGCACGCUUCAAGGCAUAUACAAACUCGACAGCAGCUCGACCGCAGACGCGAUCGCGCUGCGCGAGGCGCUGCUUGCCGAGAAGCUGGCCAAGAUCGAUAUCGUGAUUGCCAACGCCGGGUAUGGCGAUCCGUUUACAACGGUGCUGGACGCGCCCAUUGACGCCCUCGACACGCUUUACCAGGUCAACGCGCUGGGCCCCGUGCGUUUGUACCAGCAGCUGUGGCCGGACUUUUUGAGUAAGUCGGAUCAGUCGCCCAAGUUUUUGCUGAUUAGUUCUGCCCUGGCGUCUAUCCAGCUCCUGGACCAUACUCCGUGUGCCGGGUAUGCCGCGGCAAAGGCAGCGGGGAACCUUUUUAUCAAGAAGAUGCACUUGGAGAAUGAGAGAUUGGUGACUGUGGCAUUGCAUCCGGGAUGGGUCCAAACUGCAAAUGGACAGGCAUACGCGGAUGCAAUCGGAAUGGCAGGGCCGCCUCUGACCACCGACGAGUCGGUGAAUGCGAUUGUCAAAACCGUUGCCGAAGCUGAGAAAACCACCACGUCCGGGAAGUUUAUCGACGUUAUGCGCGGCGCGGAGCUUCCAUGGUAG